ACGUUAUUUACAAAAAUUCCAUCAUUCCAAUUCCCAAUUUCCAUUUUCUUUUCUUCUCAAAAAAACUUCUCCCUAUCUGUUUACUCUACAGUGGCGGAUUCCAAUCGAAAAAUGCCGUCGUUUCCAGCGGCCUUUACUAUCGCUGUCGCCGCCUUCGCUUCUCUGUUCUCUGCUGUUUCUGCUUAUCAACGGCCGCCACCUCGCCGGAAUCUCUUCGUUCCCCGCCGUCAAGAUCUCGAUUACGAUUCUCCAGAACAGGUACAUAUAUCUCUUGUUGGUGUUGAUAAAAUGAGGAUAACAUGGAUUACAGAGGAUUCUGCACCAUCUGUGGUGGAAUAUAGCACAUCCCCUGGAGUUUACACCAAUGUUGUAACUGGAAUUACUUCCUCAUACAAAUAUGCAUUGUAUGAAUCUGGUAAUAUUCAUGAUGUAACCAUUGGUCCUCUCAAUCCCGACACCACUUAUUACUAUCGUUGCAGCUCGAACUCAGCUCGGAAUUUCACUUUAAAAACCCCUCCUGCUCAGCUCCCCAUCAAAUUUGUGGUCAUUGGUGAUCUUGGGCAGACAGAAUGGACUAAAACAACUCUUAAAAAUGUAGCAAAAUCAGACUAUGAUGUGCUGCUACUUCCCGGUGACUUGUCUUAUGCUGAUUUCGUUCAGUCUCUGUGGGACUCGUUCGGCAGACUUGUUGAGCCACUGGCUAGCCAAAGACCAUGGAUGGUGACUCAGGGCAACCAUGAAGUAGAGCGCAUCCCAGUGAUUCAUUCCAACCCUUUCACAGCAUACAAUGCAAGAUGGCACAUGCCUUUCGAACAAAGCUCGUCGAAUUCCAACCUUUACUAUUCAUUCGACACGGCCGGCGUGCAUGCCAUCAUGUUGGGAUCUUAUAUCGAUUUUGACACGAGUUCAGCUCAGUAUGAAUGGCUCGUAGCGGACUUGAAGAAGAUCAAUCGCUCAACAACCCCAUGGAUCGUGGUGCUUCUUCAUGCUCCAUGGUAUAACUCCAACACUGCUCACCAGGGAGAGAAAGAGUCUGUUGACAUGAAGGCAGCCAUGGAAGAUCUCCUCUAUCAAGCUCGUGUAGAUGUGGUGUUUGCUGGGCACGUCCACGCUUACGAGCGCUUCACCCGUGUUUAUAAUGGGGAAGCAAACAACUGUGCACCAAUAUAUAUCACAAUCGGUGACGGGGGCAACCGUGAAGGCCUUGCGAGCAAGUAUAUCGACCCAAAGCCAACAAUUUCAUUAUUCAGGCAAGCAAGCUUCGGACAUGGUCGGUUUGAGGUGGUGAAUACGACACAUGCGCUCUGGACAUGGCACAGGAACGAUGACGACGAUGUAGCUGUCAUUGGCGAUUCAUUCUGGUUUACAAGCCUCUCUUCUGACCCAGCUUGUAGAAUUUGAAUUCUUCUACAAAAUCUCUUAUUAAGCAGCCAACUAAUAUUGAAAGGAAACAGAAAAAAAGAGUCAUUUCCAGUUUAGCUUUACACAUUCAAGGGAAAUGUAAGAAAUCAUCUCUAUUGAGUGAGUUUGUUUAUAUUCUCACAGAGAUGACCACAUUUCAUUGACACACACACAUCAUUUGAAAUAAUGGGGUACAGUUUACAUUGAUUAA